CUGCAGCAGCCCUCCUCCUUCUGGUUCGUGGUGCUGGUGAACGAGCUCCUCCCGCUGGGCCUGGCGCUGUCCUACGGCAUCUGGUCGUUGAACCGAAACGUGGGGCCAGCGGAGGCAGCGCCUCAUGGGAUGCUCCAGUGGGCAUGGGCACGCUACGAAGGAGAGCCAUUGUGGCACCAGCGCAUGAUCUUGGGGCGACGGGUCCGGACACCACUGGAGAGAGUCAGUGAGUGGAUGGUGCUCAUCUGCACGGUGGACACCGGCAUCUAUGAGGAGGACUACUCGUGCCAGGGACGGGACAUCAUCGCGGUGAGGUUCACAUCCGAUCGUGCAACCUUCCCCGCUGGAGUUGGGGCCGCCAACUCGUACAGGUUCAGACGGAACCUCACUGUGGUGGAGAUGCAGCAGAUCGACCAGACCGCGCUGGACUCCUGCACCGCCGCCCUGGUGGCCGACCACCAACGCCUGCGGCUGCCCGCGCCGGGGAGGCCGUUCCUCGUGCCGCUGACCUUCGGCCCUGCAGGGGACGGUGGCCCUGGUGCGGGCGCCGCCCCGGCCGCGGCCGCCGCCGCGCCCCUCGUGGCCGCCGCGCUGGCCGCCCCAGUGGCGGUGCCCGCCGGCGCCCUGGCGGCGCUUCCCCCCGCGGGCGGAGCAGUCCCAGGCGGCGCGGCCGCGGCUGAGCUGGGGGCCGCGGCCCCGGCUGCGGUGGCAGCGGUGUGGGUGCUGGUCGAGUCGACCACGGCGGGCAAGCGCGGGGCGGUGGUGACCCCGCCCGCCGGCUCGGACCUCCGCGGGGCCGUCGGCUUGAUGCCCCAGGCAGACGGGGCGCGGGUGGCCAUCCGAUCGAUCUCGGAGCCCGCGCAGACCUACGCAGGACGGGAGGCCGCCUCAGACGCCAGCCUGAUGAGCAUCGUCGCGAACCCAGCGGUUCCAGGCGGCAGGCUCCUGAGGCAGUGGCGCGAUGCGGUGGCCAGCUUCACCGAGGAGUCGUUCGUG